AUGAAGCAUUUAAUACAUGACGUAGAUGAAGACAUGAAUGAAAGCAGUGAAAAGCUCAACAGUUCUCUCAUUCUUCCUUUCAGUAAGGACUAUGAGUUCUGUUCAAAUGGUGUGUAUUUCUAUUGUGGAAAGAUGGGUUCAGGUAAGACAUUUAACCUCAUUCGUCAUAUACUCAUAACAGAGCGUUUAGGAAACGACUCUUACUAUGACCAAAUCAUUAUAUCAGCAACUUCAGACUCUAUGGAUUCAACAGCGAAAACAUUUAUGUCAAAAGUUCAAGCCUCUGUCGUUAAAGUUCCAGAUAGCGAACUCAUUGAAUUUCUUCAACGUUACAUUCGACGUAAGAGAAAAUAUUAUGCUCUUAUAUACGAAAAAAAGAGAUCUGACAUUGUGUCAGAUCUCAGUAAAAGUGACAUUUACAUGUCAAAAAAAUAG